CCCGCGCACCGGCACGCCGUCCGGCUCCGAGUCGGACAACGUGGUCCUCAAGGCCGCCUGGUACGGCUCCGAGGCCCUCGGCAUCGCUGCGUCCUUCUUCCGGCCGCCGUCUCCUGAGGCCGACGCCGGUGCUACAGACGACGGCCCGUCGGAGUUCCAGCCCGUUGGCCGCGCGCAGGUCGCCGAGGCCAUCAAGGAUGACUUCGCGCGGUCAUACUUCGUCACAGGAAACCUCACGCUCGGGGCCUACGAAGACGACUGCGAGUUCGCCGACCCGGCGGGUUCAUUCAGAGGCCUGCAACGCUUCAAGAGGAACUGCACCAACUUCGGGUCACUGCUGGAGAAGUCCAACAUGAAGCUAACGAGAUGGGAGGAUGUCGAGGACAAAUCGAUCGGGCACUGGCGUUUCAGCUGCGUCAUGUCGUUCCCGUGGAGGCCCAUUCUCUCCGCAACCGGGUACACGGAGUACUACUUCGAUGCCGAGUCGGGGAAGGUGUGCAGGCAUGUCGAAAACUGGAACGUCCCCAAGAUGGCGCUCCUGCGGCAGAUAUUCAGGCCCAGCAGAUGGGUAUGGGAGAAAGAGAAACGCUAGAACGUGACCGAAGAUCCGUCCACCUAUGCUCAGGUUACGUUAGGAGGGCAAACGGGCGUGACGAGUUUGUUGCUUCCUUUGUUGCUCGCUUGGUACCGCAGCGCCCAGUUUGUAAACUAUAGCGUGCACUCUGAGAGUACAUGGAAGUUUUUCCGGACAACA